AUGUAUGGUUAUUUUGAAGCAAAAGCAACUAAUGCUGCUCUUAGAACAAUUCUCAAUAAGCGACCAUUUGUUUUGUCACGUUCAACAUUUGCUGGCUCAGGUCACUACACAGGUCAUUGGUCUGGUGAUAAUGAUGCUUCGUUUACAGACCUUUACCGGGCGAUACCUGCUAUUCUCAACUAUAAUAUAUUCGGAUUGACACUUUCUGGUGCUGACAUUUGUGGCUUUAAUGGUGAUACUACAGAAGAACUAUGCACAAUAUGGAUGCAACUAGGUGCUUUCUAUCCAUUUAUGAGAAAUCAUAACGUAAUUGGUGCUAAGAAUUCGUCUACUGUUCAUGCUUAUGUUCCACAAGAUGUUUGGUAUGAAUUUUCAUCUGGUAAACAAAUAACAACAGUAGGACAAUAUGUAGAUUUUGACGCACCAAUUCGAAAGAUUAAUGUUCAUGUUCGUUGUGGGUUUAUUAUUCCGAUGCAAAUACCUGGGCCUAAUCUAGUUAUCGGUCGUGGUAAUCCAUUUAUAUUACUGGUUGCAUUGUCACAAUCGGGAAACGCCAGUGGAAGUCUUUUUUGGGAUGAUGGUGAUUCUAUGGGUAUGUUAAAAGUACUCGUGUUUGGGACUUGA